CGGCGGCGUUCAGGAGAAGAAGCGUGAGUUGGUAGGCCUGGUGACUCGUCGAGCGAGAGAGCGGAGCGGUUCCGUCGGAGUCCACAGUCCUAACUCGGCCUCGGGCUGCGAUAGAUCGUAUCUUACGCGGCUCCGAUCCCGCCACGCGGAGAACAGGCAGUCAGUUCGAUUCACCCGCGAUCGAGUUUUGCGCGAUCGAGUGAUCCGACCGAUCGCGCGCCGACUCUGUUUCCUCUGUCGCUGACCGGACCUCUUUCCCGCGCUUGGAUCGAUUCCGAUCUCCGCGAGUAAUCGAACGACCUUAGAUUAGUAUAACGUCAAAAAUCCUCGGUCUUCCCCACCCGAGUGACCCCUGUCAUCCCUUGACCUGCCGGGAAAAAGAUAUCGUCCUCACCCCGCUUUUCCGGUCUUCCUGAGCUGAUCAUCGUAAAAAAGUGGAGCGCGAGCGCGGAUUAUCUCGCGAAGAGAACGGGAUACCGGGAUACUGUUACGGGAGAUGCCCUCGAGAUCACGGUGUUGUCGAGACCACGUCUGAGCAAAUAAGUUAUACAUUAGACCGAAAGAUGCAGGCAGCACCGCCUCUGCUGUUGCUCCUCUUGAUUCUCCUUCAAUCAGGAUGGAGCCACGGACUUUGCAAACUGGAGAACAGUACCGUAGCACGGUGCGACAAGCUGGAAGAUCUCGAACAGAUCGAGACGCAUCAUCUGGAGAUGUUGACGGUUCCGGCCGCACGAGAUACUCUAAUCCCAGGCCUCUUCGAUAAUCUGACCAACCUUAGGCAUCUUGAUAUGUCUGGUGGCGAUUUGAAAACGAUCGAACCAGGAAGCUUUCGAGUUCUGAGUCAUCUGAGAAGCCUCGAUCUCAGAGACAAUCGUAUCGAGUAUCUGGAACUAGCUUCCCUGGAGGGCCUGAUCGAGCUGCGAAAAUUGAAUUUGCGAAAGAACGCCAUCCGACAAUUGCCACCUGCGUUGGCGCGUCUGAAGCAUCUCAGACACCUGGACAUCUAUAAUAAUCCGCUCGUUUGCAACUGCGCUACUCUCAAAGUGCGAGAUCUUAUCGUGCAGAGGAAAGUGUCCGUGUCGAAGAAAGUCGUGUGCGCAGAUCCUAGCAACUUGAAAGGCACAUCGUUGAUGAAGCCGAGCGCGGCAGUCGUCUGCAACUUCGAACAGCAAGAUCGCGAGAUGCAGAACGAUCAGGCAACGGAAGGAUCCGGGAUGUAUUCGGGAUCCGGAGAUGACGGUCUGAACGAGUUUAAUAGCGAGGAAGAGAAUGAGUACAUUGUAGACAGCAACGUUAACUCGUCGGAGAAACCUGAAGUAGAAACACCUUCUCCAACCGAAAAGAUGGAUUCUUCGACAGGAUUUUCCUUGACUGAACCCAUCAUCUCCACGCAAGAGUCGACCACUGUAGAGGAUAUUACCAGCGCUACAAUAAAUUCUUUGCAACAUACCAACGAAGACGAAGAGCUUUUCUUCGACAACGAAGAGAAAAAGGAGCAAAUAUCUACGACCGAAAUGUCGCGGAAGGAGGAGUUUAAGGACUCCCUCUUUUACCCGACGACGGGUUCAGGCGACGGAGAUGAAGAUGGUUCAGGCGAAGGGUCUGGAAUCAUUUGGUCGCCUUAUGAGGAGAAAACUGUUGAGAAGAGCAGCACUAAUGAAGACUCAUCAUCAUCCAUCGCUGGGAUGAUAUGGAAUGCGAUAUUUGGUUCGCCAACUACUGCAAUUCCAUCACAAACCAAGGAUCCGGAUCUCGAAGAAGAAGAAUUUAUAGAUGCGUCACUUACUAAAGUAGCCACCGAAGAGCCGAGUGAAAGUUCCUCAAUCAAGUCCGACGAUAAAAUAUCUACCGAAAUGAUUACGAUUGCUAACGGUGUAGAGGUGUUGAAAUCCUCUGAUAAAUCCAAAUCGGGUAAUGUCAAAGCCGAGGUAAACAGCUUGAACGAUGAACAGGCCGAAGUAUCUUCGGCCAAGCAAUCCAAGAAGGGCAUGGGCUCGUACAUUGUUCUGGCGAUUCUGCUUGCCGUCGUGGCAACGUUGAUCGGUUUCGCCGCGUACAGAGGCGAUAUAUGCAGGAAGAAGAGAAAACGAGGCGACGUCGAACGCGGCACCGAACUGAGGGACAUGCAGAAGGCUCUCCUCCCGGACACCGGGAAUUCGACCCAACCGAAGAUUGCCUCCAAUGGAAAUCCCGAAAACACUCCUCUCGUGGAAGGCACGUCCGAUGGCGACGACGCGAAGAUCGAUAAAAUUCAAAACGAUCAUCAGCCAAUUCAAGAAACGCCGCGAUCUCUCAAUGGCACUGCCGAUCACCUGGACCCCGUGAAGCCUCCGCGAAAGCUAAUUAGCUCGCAGGACGAUCAGAAGAGCGAGGAUAGACCUCGCAUAGACAUAAACUCUUUGAGGGAGAACUUCCUGGCGGAUAGAACGAGUCCCACCCAGCCAUCCGAUUCAUCGGUAACGACGAAUAAUGGGCCAAAAGCGCAUAUGUCGGAGCCCAAUGGACCACCGGUCAGUCCUGGAGCUCAAAGAGUGAAGAUCACCCUGCAAGAAAAUCCCGACAGUGUGCCAAAGACGCCCAUACUCAUCACGCGAACAAUGGCGGGUGAGAAUCUAGUCAAGACGCCAUGAAGCAGUGUUCUGAGAAGAAUUUACGCGACAUAAUGUCUACGGACGUUAUGUCGAUCGAUCGACAUGUUUGUCUAUCGAAUGGGAGAAAAAUCGAAGAGACGAAUGUGUAACGCGAGAAGAGAGCUUUUCGAUGAAUUUAUCGUGAUUUAUAAUAACACCGUUGUUCCUAAGCCUACAAGUAGAGAAGCCUCUUCGCGAUGGAUUUUCGUGAUAAAAAAGAUUACGAAAUUAAAGACCAUGUUUACAUUUACAACACGUACACAUAUGUACACGCGCCGACAGUGGAAACGGACACUAUUGUUUACGACAGGAAGCUGAAGGUGUGCGGUUAAGAUACAGGUGUGAUCUCUCUCGAGCCGGUUGAAUUAUCAGAUGCACGAAUGGUUAUAUGUAUAUAUUUGCUAUGCCAUAUAGGAUAUUUCAGAGAUACCGUAUUUCUUUCCUUUUCAUUUAUGAUAUCAUCUUGCCUAAACAUUCUUGAAAGUUAAAUCUCAAACACAACCUUACCAAGUUUGAAUAGAUUUGAAUAAAUUUGCUUGAAUAAAAAAUCUAACAAGGAUUAAAAUAAAAUUAUUAAUUUAGCCAAUCAAUAUUAAUUACAUUCUUAACGACUCUCAACUUAAUCAUUGAAAUUUUACUUUCAAUAUUAAGGCUGUCAUUUCUCAAUCUUAUUGAGAAAAAAAAUGUGCUAUAUUUAUGACAUAGUUUACGUCAUAGAAAUCCACGGGUGAAAUAACACGUUCGAGAUUAACACCACAUACACUAGUCAGUCUUCCUGACAAAUCUGCGAGCGAGGAUCUCGUAUAUAUGUAUAUAUCCCUUCACUGAGAAAAAUAUUAAGUUGAAAAGGUAACGAACGGAUAUUAUAACGAUCACUUUAAUCGGAAAAAAAAGAAACCGAUCAGAUAUCCAAUCAGAAAAUAUUGAUUGAUCGGAUAUCGGAUCAGAAAGUUCAAAAUUCAGAACUUUCCGAUCAGAUAUCCAAUUAAAGUGAUCGGUAUAAUAUCGGUAUAAUAUCCAUUCGUUACCUUUUCAUCGGACAUUUUUCUCAGUGUUGAUAUAUUUGUCGUCGCACGAGAUUACAUCGCGAGGAUCCUUAAAAUUAAUCGAAAUCGAUAUGAUAUUCGCUGCAUGUCAGUGAAUCGGGAGCAUUCCAGUUUGCUGCCAUAUUUUUCUAUGAAAGCUUUUCUUCGAAAGAUUUUACACUCCAUUGGCCUUAUGCCGUCCUUCUAUCGAGCUACAGAUUAUUUGUCAAUCGCCUGGACAACGCGUACCUCGUAGUUUUAGCGCGGCGUUUUAGAUAUAUCCGUUUGCGCGAUUGGAUUUGUAAUUCAAUGAGAGACGGAGUUUGUCAGUUAUGAGGAACGACCUUCGGAUCGGCUUGUGACAGUCGGAGUGUGAGUGCUUGGUGAACGAUUUGUGUUACUACAGUUAUGUAAGACUCGUUAUUCACGUCACAGAAAAUAUGCG